AUAUUUUUUUAAAAGCCACACAUGUUGCAAUACAGGCGCAUGAGAAGGUCAACAAAGUUCACGUAGAAACUUAUUAUUCAAUUAAUUAAUAUUUAAGGAAAAAGUUAAUGUUUUUUUGAAUUAUAAUUAUGUCGUGGUUAGUGAAGACAGCUUUUCAAGAAGUUGCAAAUUUUAUAAAACCAACAAAAUCUUGUCUUGAAGUUACGGUGAGAAAUAAAGCAAGAAAAGUACUCGCAAGUGUAAAAAGUGGAGGAAAUUGUAUUGCGAAGCAUAGAGGAAUUAAAAGACACGAAGGAACUUAUGUUUAUGCUGGAACGAUAUUAGCAACUCAAAGAAAAACUAGAUUUCAUCCCGGUCUAAACGUUGGAAUGGGUAGAAAUGGAACUCUAUUUGCAAUGAAUCCUGGAAAAGUGGUAAUAACAUCCGAAAUAAUUGAUCCAAAUUUUACACAUUUUUGGGUUAGAAAAAAUUACGAAGGUCGUGAGGGUCAAGUUAUUUAUAAAAAACAUUUUAACAUUAUUCCCUUUGAACAACACGAUCGUUUUAUUCUCAAAGAUGUCGUUUAAUUUUUAUAUAAAGAAUAAAAUUUAGAAUUUACUUCAAAAA